AUGCUACGUGUAAAAACAGUGGCACCUCGACGUGCCUCACCUAUCUCACAGGUUCUCAGGAGAAAGUUGACGAUAUUUUCUUUAACAAGCUUUCAACCUACAAUCAAAACACAGGUCGUGGUCAUCGGCGCUGGCCAUGCAGGCUGCGAAGCUGCAGCAGCUUCAUCCAGGACUGGUACGCACACUACACUCAUUACACCAACAUUAACAGAUAUUGGUAAGUGCUCCUGCAACCCUUCCAUCGGUGGAGUAGGUAAAGGUAUCUUAGUCAAGGAAAUAGAUGCUCUUGAUGGACUGAUGGGCAAAGUCACUGAUCUUGCUGGAAUCCAGUUUAAGAUGCUCAAUAGAAGUAAAGGUCCUGCUGUUUGGGGCCCCAGAGCGCAGAUAGACAGGGAGUUGUAUAAGACUUACAUGCAAAAGGAACUUUUCAACAGGGAAGCAUACCCAAACUUGUCUCUGCUACAGAACAAAGUCGCUGACUUGAUCCUGUAUGACCCCGGAAGAGGCAACAAGGUCGUCAAAGGAGUGAUUCUAGAUGAUGGCACCCAGGUAGGGGCUGAUCAGGUCGUAAUCACUACUGGUACAUUCCUGAGUGCCGAAAUCCACAUUGGUAACAAGCGUAUUCCAGCUGGUAGGAUCGGCGAACAGCCUACAUAUGGGAUUAGCAAGACUCUACAAAAAGAGGCCGGCUUUCAGUUAGGGCGAUUGAAAACAGGCACCCCAGCUAGGUUGGCGAAGGAAUCCAUUGACUUCAGCACCUUAGAGGUCCAAAAGGGCGAUGACCUGCCCAUUCCUAUGAGCUUUUUGAAUGAAACUGUAUCGGUCGAACCCCUCAAACAACUGGAUUGCUUUGGUACACACACUACACUACAAAUGCACGACUUCUUGCGCAAAAACUUGCACAAGUCUGUUCAUAUUCAGGAUACGACCAUCAAGGGCCCGCGCUAUUGUCCCUCCAUCGAGGCCAAAAUUUUAAGGUUUCCUGACAGGUCCUCUCAUAAAAUAUGGCUGGAACCAGAAGGCUUCAACUCCAACGUCAUCUACCCGAACGGAAUAUCUAAUUCCAUGCCUGAAGAUGUCCAACUACAGAUGAUGAGACUUAUUCCGGGCAUGGCAAAUGUCAAGAUAUUGCAGCCUGCAUAUGGUGUGGAAUACGACUACGUGGACCCAAGGCAGUUGAAAUCCAGCUUGGAAACAAAACUAGUGGACGGAUUAUUCAUGGCUGGACAAAUCAAUGGUACCACGGGCUACGAGGAAGCUGCUGCACAGGGAAUCAUCGCUGGUAUUAACGCAGGGUUGUUGUCGCAGCCACAACGGAAGCAAUUGCUCUUACAAAGAUCCCAAGCAUACAUUGGUGUGCUCAUCGACGAUUUGAUCAAUAACGGCGUCAUUGAGCCAUAUAGGAUGUUUACUUCGAGAUCAGAAUUCAGAAUUAGCGCAAGAUCUGACAAUGCAGACUUCCGGCUCACGCCCAUUGGUGAACAAUUUGGAAUAAUUUCUCCUACCCGUUUAAGCCAAUACUAUAGAGACAAGAAACUAUAUGAUGAAACCAUACGUGUGUUGCAAAACUUCAAACUAAGUUCUCAAAAAUGGUCUAGUCUACUACAAGUUAAUAUUGCCCCACAGGCUGAAAACAGAUCUGCGUGGGAAAUAUUCAGAUUCAAAGGCAUGGAUCUACACAAGUUGUACGAGUGCAUUCCUAAUUUACCCAUCGACGUUCUGGAGAUCCCGACUCACGUUAUUACCAAGAUUAACAUCCAGGGUAAAUACGAACCUUACAUUGUGAAACAGAACCACUUUGUAAAGGCAUUUCAGGCAGACGAGAAUAUGCUAUUACCACAAGACUACGAUUAUUCCCAAUUGCCCACGCUAUCCACCGAAUGCAAAUUACUCUUGAACCGCGUGCAGCCAUUGACUAUAGGCCAAGCAAGGCGGAUUCAAGGUAUCACUGCAGCAGCACUAUUCGAACUCUAUCGUGUGGCACGCAAGCCAACCCCACCAGCCAUGUAA